AUGGCGGACGACACAUCGUUGAAAUUAGGGCAAAUAUUUUCCUCUUUUGAAGAGGUCAAAGCUGCGAUCAGUCGCUAUGAAAAGAAGAAUUAUGUCAAUUUGUAUGUAAGUGACUCCAGAACGAUUUCUUCGACAAUUAAAAGAACGCCAAGCAAGGUUAUCAAAGCUGAGUUGCAGUACUCCCACAUCAAUUACGCUUGCGUUGCUGGUGGCAGAACGUUAAAAUCGAAGUCAAAAGGAACAAGACCGAAUCAAAGGUUAGUUUUUUCUUUAAAAUUCUCAAUGUAAAGUUGUUACCUUUGUCUAAGGAUUUUUGAUCGUUUGUUGAUAGCACGUUUAGAAAGGAUUGCAAUAUGGAAGUGAAGUUGAGAGCAACAAAAGAUUGUAACUUUCUGGAAGUGGCUGUCCUCAAUGAGACCCAUAAUCACGAAUGCGACGAGGUAUGUUGUGUCUAGAUUUAAUUUGGUUUAUACUGAAAUUUGCUGUUAUUUGUUGUUGAUAAUCCAAUGCAAUUUUCAGCUUUUCAUUGUCAAAUUGUGACAUUUAUAGGCCUAGCAGCCCUAGCUCAAUUGCUAGGGUGAAUAGCAAUGUGACUGAAUACAAGUCUUUUAAGCCCCCAAGUCAAUUUGUUCCCAAAUUGAUUUGCCCCAAGUUGAUUCGCCUAAAGCCAUUUUGUGCCCCCAAGUAAUAAGAUGUCAAAGUAGUUUUGUCCCCUGAUAAUCACAGCCCAGGGAAUUGUGUCAUUUCUCUAUUGUAAAAAAAAUAAUUAGCACAUUGGUCACUGCAUCCUGAUAAUAGUAAGUGUGUUAAGACAUCCGAAGGGGGUGGAGUAUGGAUAAAAAUGUUUAUUGCUUUAUUUGAUAAGUUGGGGUUUUUUUUGGGGGGAGGGGGUGGACAACUUUCACAUCUAAUGACUUGGAGGCGGAAUAACUUUGGUAUCGAAUGACUUUGAAUCGACUUGGGGGUGAAACGACCGGAUACCAUGUGAUCAGCAACAAACAUGACAUUACUGGGUGAUGUGUGUGGGGUAAAAUAAAUAGGCCACCAUGGUCUUAGAUACUGUAGGUAGAGAAGUAUUAUGAGAAAAUUGAAAAAAAAAUUCAAGUCAAAUGCCCCAGGUAAUAGAUCUCUAUUAUUUUAAGGUAUCGUUUAAGCACUUCCCAAAGCAAAGAAGACUAGGUAAUGAAACAUUGAGCGAGACGGACAAAUUGUUGAAGAUGAAGUGCAACAAAAAAGUUUUGCAGAAUCAUUUGCAAACGAUAAGUGGGAAAGUAGUGACGUGUCGUGACAUAUCAAACAUGAAAGCAAAAUUGUCGUCUAGCAAGUCUAAUCGAAAUGACAUUGAAAAGCUUGUGAAGAAGCUUCGGGAGAAUGAAG